AUGGCUACUCCAUCAAUUGCCCCAUUAUCUUUGCGUGAUCGUCAUAUUGCUACUCUAAAACAAAUGCUCAAUUUAAAUACUGCCCCUUCAACACUAUUGAAAUCAACUGGUACAGAAUUAGCUUGGAAAGUUCUUAUUUAUGACGAAUUAGGUCAAGAUAUUAUUUCACCUUUACUAACUGUUAAAGAACUUCGUGAUCUUGGUGUAACAUUACAUGUAUCAUUAAAAUCCGAUCGGGAUCCUGUUGAUGAAAUUGCUGCAGUAUAUUUUAUUAUGCCAACCAAAGAUAAUAUAUCUCGAAUAGGAAAAGAUUUAGCAGAAGGUUUAUAUGAAUCAUACUAUUUUAAUUUUAUUGCUCCAAUACCAAGUGAUCUUCUUGAAGAUUUAGCAAAAGCUGCACUUGACUCGAAUUCUCAACAAAAUAUAGCUAAAAUCUAUGAUCAAUAUCUUGAUUUUAUUACACUUGAAGAUGAACUUUUUUGUUUGAGACAAGCAGGAAGAGAUAGUAUAUCAUAUUAUGCUCUUAAUCGACCACAAAUGCUUGAUAUGGAAAUGGAACAAAUUAUUGGAACUAUUGUUGAUAGUCUCUUUUCAGUGUGUGUUACACUUGGUGCAGUACCUAUUAUUCGAUGUCCAAAAGGUGAAGCAGCGGAAAUUGUUGGCGAAAAACUUGAUAAAAAAUUACGUGACAACCUACGUGAUCCUCGUAAUAGUCUAUUUACAUCGGAUUCCAUGGCUACUGGAGCUUUAAGUUUUCAACGGCCUCUUCUUGUUAUAUUAGAUCGAAGUAUUGAUUUAGCAUCACUUCUUCAUCAUACAUGGACUUAUCAAGCAUUAGCACAUGACGUUCUAGAUUUUAAAUUAAAUCGAGUUGAAAUUGAAGAAGUUGAUGAAUCAGUUACAACAGGUGAUGGACGACAUCCAUCGAAACGACGUACAUAUGAUCUGAUUCCGACUGAUAAAUUUUGGAAACAACAAAAAGGAAAUCCUUUUCCUAUUGUUGCUGAAUCAAUUCAAGAAGAACUUGAACGUUAUCGACAAUCAGAAGAUGAAGUUAAACGCCUUAAAAAUGCCAUGGGUAUUAAAGGUGAUGCUGAAGAUUUAGCUAUAAGUUUGUUAAAUGAUACAACAAGUCAAUUAACAAGUGCAGUUAAUUCAUUACCAGAAUUAUUAGAAAAAAAACGAUUACUUGAUUUACAUACCAAUAUUGCUACAGCACUUCUUGAUAAUAUCAAAAAACGAAAAUUAGAUGUUUUCUUUGAAACUGAAGAAAAAUUAAUAACAAAACAAGCUCAAGAAAAAUCACUUAUGGAAGUUCUAUCGGAUCCAGCAGGUAAAAUAAAUAAAUAA